AUGUGUCAUUAUCUUAUUAGUCUUUCGGACAAGCUUAGGGUAGACUCGGCACAGGAUAGUGAACCUGAUAUAAUUGAUGGUGCGGGUGCUGAAACAGGACAUGUAAUACGCACAACUACAGUGAGUUAUAUUUCAGAACAUGUGGUUCGAACUGGCUCUUUUGAGGUUGUUUUCCAGGCGAAAUGUAGAGAAACUGGAGAGAUUGUUGCUAUCAAGAAGGUUCUCCAAGACAAGCGUUACAAGAAUCGGGAGUUACAGAUUAUGCAAAUGUUGGAUCAUCUAAACAUUGUUUCCCUAAAACAUUGCUUCUUUUCAACUAUAGACAAAGAAGAGGUUUACUUGAAUCUCGUACUUGAAUUUGUUCCUGAAACUGUUUACCAUAUCGCAAGGAACUAUAGCAGGAUCAACCAGCGGAUGCCUUUAAUAUAUGUUAAACUUUAUACCUACCAGAUCUGUCGGGCACUUGCUUAUAUACAUAAUGGCAUUGGCAUCUGUCACCGUGACAUCAAGCCUCAAAAUUUACUUGUAAAUCCACACACACAUCAGCUGAAACUUUGUGAUUUUGGGAGUGCAAAAGUCUUGAGUGAGCCAGACAGAAUUGUUGGGGAGCUAUUGCAGCUUGGGGGAUAUCUCAAAUUGAUUGAGUUGGGUCUUGAAGAUUGUGCAAAUGAGUCGAUUGAUGCCCAGAAAGUGUUUGGUUAUGCUCUUUACAAAGAUGGGAAGGAUACAACACUGUCUUAUCCCUUGGAGGCAUCUGCUCAUAUGGACCAGUUUAUCUUCUCUCUGGUCUUAACCCUCGUCCAUUACACUUGUUUCUCCAUUUCUUUGCAGCUGCCAUCUAUGGUGUUGUCCACUUAA